AAGAGCUAUUUGGAUUUCGGGUUUUCUUCCUCCUCCUCAAAAAAAAAAGCUUCCACUUUCCCGCACUUUUUUCACCCAACGGAAGAAAUUUUCUCGCCCGGAAAAUGAGGUGGGAAAAGGUCCGACAGCAACAGCAACAAGUGGGUCUCGGUGAGUCAUAUUCCGGGCCCGGAAAGAGGUGGGGGCACACUUGUAACGCCAUUAAAGGAGGUAGCUUUCUCUACGUUUUCGGUGGCUAUGGCAGAGAUAAUUGCCAAACCAAUCAAGUCCAUGUUUUCGACGCUGCAAAGCAGAUAUGGACUCAGCCAAUAAUCAAUGGCACACCUCCUCCUCCUAGGGACAGUCACAGCUGUACAACAGUCGGCGACAACCUCUUCGUGUUUGGUGGUACUGAUGGAAUGAAACCUCUCAAGGAUUUGUACAUUCUAGAUACUUCUUCACAUACUUGGAGAUGUCCGAGUGUUAGGGGAGAGGGACCUGAGGCAAGAGAAGGUCAUAGCGCCACGCUGGUUGGUAAAAGGCUUUUUGUAUUUGGUGGCUGUGGGAAAUCUUCUGAUAGUAAUGACGAAAUCUAUUAUAAUGACCUUUACGUACUUAAUACAGAGACUUAUGUUUGGAAACGUGUUGAUACGAUUGGGAAUCCUCCAUCUGCUCGAGAUAGCCACACUUGCUCAUCGUGGAUGAACAAAAUCGUUGUUAUAGGUGGUGAAGAUGGGCAUGACUAUUAUCUAUCCGAUGUUCAUAUCCUUGAUACAGAUACAUUCAUAUGGAAGGAGCUGAAUACUUCAGGCCAAUUGUUGACACCUCGAGCUGGUCAUGUUACUGUUUCACUUGGGAGGAACUUAUAUGUGUUUGGAGGGUUUACGGAUGCUCAGAAUCUUUACGAUGAUCUAUAUGUGCUUGAUGUCGAUACGUGUGUUUGGUCAAAGGUUCUCACCAUGGGAGAAGGGCCAUCUGCCAGGUUCUCUUCUGCAGGGGCUUGUUUAGAUCCUCACAAAGCCGGGUUUCUCGUCUUUGUUGGUGGCUGCAAUAAAAAUCUCGAAGCACUGGAUGACAUGUUCUACUUAAAUACAGGACUUGGCUAUGAUGCAAGGUUUGAUCAGAAUGUAGGUAGGAUGUCUCUAAAGAAGCAACUGAAGCUAAAAUGCCAAGAACAAAGCAACGCAAGUUCCUUAUAUGAUAAAUCUCUUGUCAGAAUGAAUAUGGAUCAUCAAGGAAGAGGCAGUUUCGGUUUGAACACUGGCCAAUUUGAUCAAGGGAAGAUGAUGUUUCAAGCCAGGGUAACCGAGAGUUUCCCAGUUGGUUACAGUAUUGAAACAAUGAUAGAUGGAAAAGUGCUUCGUGGUGUUUUGUUUUCAACCAAGCACAGCUCCAUUCUGGCGGCGACUGAUCCGAGCUUUAGUAGAAAGAGGCCAGCUAUGUCGAAUGGCGAUCAGGAUAACAGAUCAAAGGUAUUAAGAACUUUGAGCAAGGACCAAGCUGAUGCUACAGAAACCAAAGGUACUCCAUCAAACGGCAUGGAGGUUGGUAUUGGUCCCAUCAGCAACCCUCUGGAUGUUACAGCGGCGGUGGUUCCACAUGAAACAGAAACUGCUGUCGUUACAUCUGAUGUCAGGAACCAGGAUGCAACCCAGCUCGACAUGGGCACUGUGGAUACAGCUCCAUCUUCAGUUGCUCAGGCAGAUGAAGCGUCUUUAGAAUCUAGAAAUGCGGUAUCGAUUGAUGUUGGAGCUACUAAGACCGGAUCUGGAGAGUCAUAGCUACAGAAAAAUGAAGUGAUUUGCAGAUGAGAGAUUCAACGCGAUAGACAGGGGAACCAUGACAGCUACAACACCAUUCCUUUUUCUGUAAAAUAGCCUGGAGAUAGGAAGGGUUCAAGUUAGAAUCUAAGUUAGAUUUUGGUGGUGAUUUGGUGUGGAUGAGAAGGAUGAGAACAAGCUAACUCUGAGUUAGGUCUUUUUUUUGGGGGGUUAAUUUAACUUACAACCAAUGUAAUGCUUCUUCUCUCACAGUUCCUGACUUUUGUCUUUUCUACCUCUUCUUUUUCCAUGAGAGAAAAAAAUAUUUUUUUAAAAA